ACCGCGUUCGGCUGCUCUCGAGGACGAGAACGCCGGAGCCUCGGGAGAGGAUGCGCCCGGCCGAGCCGCCUGGGCCCGCGGGAGCCGGCUGUACUUGAGAUGGAGUUACUGCUCUUCCGGCUCCUCCUGGGUUUUCACUUCCUGACAGUAGAAUGGAGGGACAGAAAUGGAAUGGCCACAGCAGCUUCCCAAGGGGGCUGCAAGUUGAUCGGUGGAGUUGUUGACUGUCGAGGGCAGAACUUGGCUUCAGUGCCCAGCAACCUUCCCCCUGACUCCCAGGUGCUCAUCCUGGAUGCCAACCCUCUCAAGACCCUGCGGAAUCAGUCCCUCCAGCCCUAUCCUCUCUUACAGAGCCUCAGUCUGCACAGCUGCCAUCUGGCGCACAUCAGCCUUGGCGCCUUCCAGGAGCAGACCCACCUGCGCAGCCUGGCCCUGCCAGAUAACUCCCUCUCAGAGAACUACAAGGAGACGGCAGCUGCUCUCCACAGCCUGCAUGGUCUGCAGAGGCUGGACUUGUCAGGGAACUCUCUGACGGAAGAUAUGGUGGCCCUCAUGCUCCAGAACCUCUCCUCGCUGGAGUCUGUGUCCCUGGCGAGGAACACCAUCAUGAGGCUGGAUGACUCUGUCUUUGAGGGCCUAGGGCACCUCAGGGAGCUGGAUUUGCAGAGAAACUAUAUUUUUGAGAUUGAGGGUGAGGCUUUCAACGGCUUGACUGAGCUGAGACACCUCAACCUGGCCUAUAACAACCUCCCUUGUAUUGUGGACUUCAGCCUCACACAACUACGCUUCCUCAACGUCAGCUACAAUGUCCUGGAAUGGUUCUUGGCAUCAGGGGGAGAGGCUGCCUUUGAACUGGAGACACUGGACCUCUCUCACAAUCAGCUGCUGUUUUUCCCUCUGCUGCCCCAGUCCAGCAAGCUGCACACACUCCUGCUGCGGGACAACAACAUGGGCUUCUACAGGGACCUGUAUAACACCUCAUCACCACAGGAGAUGGUGGCCCAGUUCCUCCUAGUGGACGGCAACGUGACCAGCAUCACCACUGUCAACCUCUGGGAAGAGUUUGCUUCCAGCGACCUCUCUGUUCUGCGCUUCCUGGAUAUGAGCCAGAACCAGUUCCAGUACCUGCCAGAUGGCUUCCUAAGGAAAAUGCCUUCCCUUUCCCGCCUGAAUCUCAGCCAGAAUUGCUUAAUGAUGCUCCACAUCCAGGAGCACGAGCCCCCAGGAACACUCACCGAACUGGACCUGAGUCAGAACCAGCUGUCGAACCUGUACUUGGCUCCGGGGCUCUCCAGCUGCCUAAGGAGCCUCCAGUUGUUCAACCUGAGCUCCAACCAGCUCUUGGGGGUCCCCCCUGGCCUCUUUGCAGAUGCCAGUAACAUCACUACAGUCGACAUGAGCCACAAUCAGAUUUCACUUUGUCCAGCACCAGCUGGCUUAGAUCAGGUGGUCUCCCCCAGUUGUGUGGAUUUCAGGAAUGUGACAUCUUUAAGGACACUCUCUCUGGAGGACUGUGGGCUGCAGGCAUUACAAAACUGCUCAUUCCAGGGGACCUCCCUGACCCACCUAGACCUGUCGGGUAACUGGGGGGUUCUGAAUGGGAGCAUUGCCCCUCUCCAGGAUAUUGCCCCCACUUUACAAGUCCUGUCUCUCAGGAAUGUGGGCCUCAGUUCCAGCUUCAUGGAGCUGGACUUCUCUGGGUUUGGGAAUCUGCGGGACCUGGAUCUGUCAGGAAAUUCCUUGACCAGUUUCCCAAGGUUCGGGGGCACCCUGGCCCUACAGACGCUAGAUCUCCGCAGAAACUCUCUCACAGCCCUCCCCCAGACAGCGGUGUCUGAGCAGCUCCUGAGAAGUCUGCGAACCAUCUACCUCAGUCAGAACCCGUAUGACUGCUGUGGAGUGGCGGGCUGGGAGGCCCUGCAGCCCCUGCAGACUGUCGCUGACUUGGCUGUGGUCACUUGCAACCUUUCCUCCAAGAUCAUUCGCCUGACAGACCUGCCCGGGGGUGUGCUGCGAGACUGCAAGUGGGAGCGGGUGGACAUGGGCCUGCUGUACCUUGUGCUCAUCCUCCCCAGCUGCCUCACCCUGCUGGUGGCCUGCACUGUCAUCUUCCUCACUUUUAAGAAGCCGCUGCUUCAGGUAAUCAAGAGCCGCUGCCACUGGUCCUCCAUAUACUGACCUGGCCAUGCGACAAGGUUCGAAAGUAGGUCUGCACAUGUAAGGACACUUCCUCUGCCAGGUUUUGAGAUCCACAGCAGAUCAGAGUGAUGAAGCAAGGUUUAAAGUUUAAAAUGUUUUCAAUGCCUUAGUCGCCCCAAAUUCUUCCUCUAUCGUUAUGAUUCACCCUCAUCCUCCUGGUAAAAUAUUUAUUAAGUGACGU